AUGUUUGGAGCGGAUCCUACUGACAGCAGGUACAUCUCGACGUUCACAGCAUCGUACGGAGACGAUAUCCUACUUCAGCAGUAUUCUCUUCUACGUACGCACAUGUUUUCGUCUAUCUUUAUGCAUUAUAUCGACAACGACAUCAAGGAUAUUUGCACUAAACGUCAAGUCGACGCUAUACACCCUUAUUCUCCUUCCGUAGAUGCCACCGAACUCGUAAGAUAUGGGUUCUUAUCUUUCGACGUUUGUCAAGUUUCCAUUGCAAACGAUAUAGCUCACGUUGAAAAGGAGCUGCAGAAAAUUGAGCCUCUGUUCCAAAAAAUCCUAGAUCGGCACAAAAAACUGUUCAAGGACCUUGGUGGUUGUAGGUUGGCUCCGAUACAGCGUUUGCCUCGAGAAUCGUUGCCCACGAUAUUCGGCCUCCUCCCUAAUGUCCAUUUAUCGACAAUAUGGCACCACGAGUGGUUCACUCAUCUCUUUAACGACUUUCAUUUGUCCUUACUCGGGAAAAUACGCGUCAGGUCAUCGAGAUCCCAAUAA